CCGUCAAUGAGUUCUUCACUCUCCCAAGCAUCAAACAUGGGAAUGACAAGCAUUUCUUCUAGAUUGUUCUUAUCCAGAUUACGAAUUCGGUCUCGAUUUUCAACUCUCUUCAACCAGAAGCCAAAGAAUAUUCACGGUUCUGCCGCACGAUCUAGUCGGUCAAUCCGUGAUCGAUCUCGGCCCUUGUUCAAAAUGGAAGGAAUCAAUGGAGGAUCGAGCGCCUCUAGGGUUUCGACGGUGUCGAAAGGUCGGAUCAGCGACGACGGCAGUCUGUCUGUUCAAUUCCAGUUGUCUUCAUCCAGUGCCUUUGUAAUCCAGAAGGGAGAUAUCACGAAGUGGUUCGUCGACGGCUCCACCGACGCCAUCGUAAAUCCAGCAAAUGAGCGAAUGCUUGGAGGUGGUGGUGCUGAUGGAGCCAUUCACGAUGCAGCUGGCCCUGAGCUCCGAGCGGCGUGCUAUGAGUAUCCAGAAGUUCGACGCGGCGUCCGUUGCCCAACAGGAGAAGCGAGAAUCACUCGAGGCUUUAGAUUACCUGUUUCUCAUGUAAUUCACACUGUUGGACCUAUAUAUGACAUGGCUAGUAAUCCUCAAGCAUCUUUAAGGAAUUCAUACAAAAAUAGCUUGCAAACUGCAAAAGAGAACAACAUUCAGUAUAUUGCUUUUCCUGCUAUAUCGUGUGGUGUUUACAGGUAUCCUUAUGAUGAAGCAGCUACAAUAGCCAUAAAUACUGUGAAAGAGUUUGCCAAUGACUUCAAAGAGGUUCACUUUGUGCUCUUCUCAGAUGACAUAUACAAUGCUUGGCUCAGCAAGGCCAAAAACUUGUUCCAGGAUCAGUGAACCAUAAUCAAGAUUCAAGAUCCACGAUGAUUAUAGUGGUUAACCUCCCCCAGAAAUCUGCUUUACUAUUUUUUUUUUUUGUGGUCAUGUUUUUCCAAGCAUUAAGUCUUCAAUGUAGUGAGAAUCCUCUUGUCAUGUGUAUGUGUUAUGCUUUGACUACUUUGUAUUAAGAUGUGUAUAACAUAACAGAUUGGUUUAAAUGAC